GUUCCAAGACAAGACGAAGAAGAGAUGCUACGACUUGCAAAUGGCCAAAAACACAUCAUACGCACUUAGAAACACAGAGCAAAGGUGAACAAUGUUAUCUUUUUGAGCUCGACGAAGAAUCUGGACAGACUGGUUGGUUUAGUAACCGGACAGCAGCGUUAGCUGUCAGAGAGAAAUGUUGGCUGCGUGUGGCCCAGAACUGACCUUUUCUUUUUAAAUGAUUACAUCAUGGAGGCCAUGCUUGACUUUGUAAACAUAUUCCACAUGGAGACCAGUGGAUCAUAUGUGACACUCGGCAUCUUCUUCCUGGCUCUUCUGUACUGGUAUUCAGUUUACCCCUUUUCAGUCCUCACUCGAUGUGGAAUCGAACAUCCAAAACCAGUCCCCUUUUUCGGCAACCUAUUCCUGUUUCGUGAGGGUUUUUUCCAUCCCGUGUCUGACCUCAUAAAGAGAUAUGGUCGAGUGUGCGGGUAUUAUUUAGGAAGGAGGGCAGUGGUUGUCGUGGCAGACCCUGACAUGCUGAGACAAGUGCUGGUGAGAGAGUUCAGCAGCUUUCCAAACAGAAUGACUAAUCGCUUUGCCAACAAACCCAUGAGCGAUUGUCUCCUCAUGUUGAAGAAUGAACAGUGGAAAAGAGUCAGGGGUAUACUGACUCCGUCCUUCAGUGCUGCCAGAAUGAAAGAGAUGGUUCCAUUCAUCCAAACAACCACGAACGCCCUGAUGAACAACUUGGAUGGCUACGCUGAAUCAGGGGAGGCCUUUGAUAUUCACAGGUGUUUCGGCUGCUUCACUAUGGACGUAAUUGCCAGUGUGGCGUUUGCAACCCAGGUGGACUCUCAGAACAACCCAGACGACCCAUUUGUCCACCAUGCUCAGAUGUUCUUCUCAUUUUCUUUCUUCAGGCCCAUCAUGCUUUUUUUCAUUGCUUUUCCACACGUUAUGGCUCCACUGGCGGGAAUCAUCCCCAACAAACGUCGCCGCCAAAUGAGUGAGUUCUUCAUCAACAGCAUUCAAUGGAUCAUUAGACAGAGGGAGGAGCAACCUCCUGAGCAGAGGCGGCGGGAUUUCCUUCAGCUGAUGUUGGAUGCGCGCAGUCGCAAGGAGGGUGUGUCUUUGGAGCACUUUGACGCAACGAGCAACAGUGCUGAGCCUGAUCACAGGAGUUCAGAGGCUAGUCUUCACCUUUCGGAUUCGCCCACCCGGCGACCAUCCAAAAAGGUCAUAACAGAAGAUGAAAUUGUCGGCCAAGCUUUUGUCUUCCUGCUGGCUGGCCACGAGACCAGCAGCAGCACUCUGGCCUUCACCUGCUACCUCCUGGCAAUCCAUCCAGAGUGUCAGCGCCGAGUCCAGGAGGAGGUGGAUGACUUUUUCAGCAAACAUGAGUCUCCUGACUACACUAAUGUCCAGGAGCUGAAAUAUUUAGAUAUGGUUGUAUGUGAAGCAUUGCGGCUCUAUCCUCCUGGAUUCAGGUUUUCACGAGAAAUCGAGCAGGACUGCGUGGUGAAUGGAGUGUCCUUGCCAAAAGGAGCCUUAUUGGAGAUCCCAGCGGGUUUCCUUCACUAUGACCCGGAGCACUGGCCUGAGCCCGAGAAGUUCAUCCCUGAGAGAUUCACCCCUGAGGCGAAAGCCAGUAGGCACCCGUUUGUGUACCUGCCUUUUGGGGCGGGGCCCCGCAACUGUGUGGGCAUGAGGCUUGCCCAAUUGGAAAUCAAGAUGGCUCUGGUUUGUCUUUUCCACAGGUUCAACAUCAUAACCUGCUCUGAGACACAGGUUCCGCUCCAGUUGAAGUCAUCAAGCACCCUGGGCCCCAAAAAUGGCAUUUUUAUCAAGAUCACAAAAAGAGACAACAGAUGACCUCUGAAUUAAAUGUGAUGCGCUGCUAAAUCUGAAAUGGGGGGCGGGUGGGGGGGAAUUUUCUUUCAAAACAAGUGGAGCCCUUUAACUUUGUUCAGGAAACAGAACACUGAAGACAAGUCACACAUCUCCAACAUUGGAACAACCAAACCAAAUAUAAGCCAUCUUCGCUAAAAGAAUCCCAAUCUUGAAGCAGCAAUGAGAUAAAAUGUCACUUAAUUUACACUUUUCACAGUUACUCUUUUGUGUAGUAAAACCUGUAAUAAUCGGUGCAUUUUGUGUCCCAUCCCUUUUUACAUAUCUGCUGAGUCAGCCACAAUAAGUGUCAUUUUUGCGCCAUCUAUACCAAUACCAAAAUUAACCUGAGGAUGGACAUGCCACUUAUGAGUAAAAGCCUUUUCACAAUGUGAAUAAAAGUCAUGAACAAUUUAAAUACAUUAUUGAAAUGGA